CCAUUUUCUUUGUGGCUUUGUUGCGCCCCGUGUGGUUUCCUAUUAAUUCUGUGAUCAAAAAUUCAGUUAUUAGCAUAGAAAAUGGAGAUGUCUUUAAAUCCCGUUCGCGUGCUCAAAAAUGAGGCGCAGGAAGAGAAAGCCGAAAUGGCUCGCCUCUCUUCGUUCAUUGGAGCCAUUGCCAUUGGCGAUCUGGUAAAGAGUACUCUGGGACCCAAGGGUAUGGACAAGAUAUUGGUAGCCACUGGACGCAAUGCUGGCCAGGUGGAGGUAACCAAUGACGGCGCCACAAUUCUACGCGCCGUUGGUGUAGACAAUCCAGCAGCAAAGAUCCUGGUUGAUAUGUCGCGUGUCCAGGAUGAGGAAGUUGGCGAUGGCACCACCUCGGUCACUGUGCUGGCCUCUGAGCUAUUGCGCGAGGCUGAGAAAUUGGUCGAGAAGAAAUUGCAUCCACAGAUCAUUGUCUCUGGCUGGCGUCAAGCUACCGCUGUUGCCUUGGAGGCCCUUAUCAGUGCCGCUCAGGAUAAUUCAGCCAAUAAUGAGAAAUUUAAGGAGGAUCUUCUGAACAUUGCCCGUACCACUUUGUCCUCAAAAAUUUUGCAUCAACACAAGGACUUCUUUGCCAAUCUCGCUGUGGAUGCUGUGCUACGUUUGAAGGGCUCUGGUGAAUUAAAGUCCAUUCAGAUCAUAAAGAAAUCGGGCGGCACUUUGGGCGAUUCGUUCUUGGAUGACGGUUUCUUGCUGGAUAAGAAGCCAGGUGUUCAUCAGCCACAGCGUAUUGAAAAUGCAAAAAUUUUAAUUGCCAAUACACCAAUGGACACGGAUAAGAUCAAGGUAUUUGGCAGUAGCAUCAAAGUUGAUUCUCUGGCUAAAAUUGCUGAUUUGGAAAUGGCCGAAAAGGAGAAGAUGAAGGAGAAAGUGGACAAAAUUUUAACCCACAAAUGUAAUGUGUUCAUCAAUCGUCAAUUGAUUUAUAAUUAUCCGGAGCAAUUGUUUGCCGAUGCCCAAGUGAUGGCCAUUGAACAUGCCGAUUUUGAUGGCAUUGAGCGUUUGGCCUAUUGCACAGGAGGUGAAAUCGUGUCGACUUUUGAGAAUCCAUCGCUGGUCAAACUGGGCGAAUGCAAGGUCAUUGAACAGAUUAUGAUUGGCGAGGAUACACUUCUGCGUUUCAGUGGCGUCAAAUUGGGCGAGGCCUGUACCAUUGUGAUUCGUGGAGCUACACAACAGAUUCUGGACGAAGCUGAUCGCUCAUUGCAUGACGCUUUGUGUGUGUUGGCGGCCACAGUGAAGGAGUCGCGCAUUAUCUAUGGCGGCGGCUGCUCGGAAGCUUUAAUGGCCAAUGCCGUACUGAAGAAGGCGGCUGAAACACCAGGCAAAGAGGCCAUUGCCAUUGAGGCAUUUGCCCGUGCUCUUUUGUCUCUACCCACUGCCAUAGCUGACAAUGCUGGCUAUGAUUCCGCUCAGUUGAUCUCGGAGCUUCGUGCUGGCCAUGCCCAGGGUAAACAUCAUUUGGGCCUGGACAUGGAACAGGGCAAGGUGGCUGAUGUCCGUCAACUGGGCAUCACCGAAUCCUUUGCUGUUAAGCGUCAGGUUCUUCAGUCAGCUGCCGAGGCCGCCGAAAUGAUUCUCCGUGUGGAUGACAUUAUUAAAUGUGCACCCCGCCGACGUGUUCCCGACAGGGGUUAUUGUUAGACUUUCUUUUUUUUCACUAAGUAUUCUUUUUGUUCUAGGAUAUUUUUUUUUAACAAACAAAAAAAAAAAGGUACCCCCGACUCUCGUUUAACAAUUCAUCGCUAAUUUUAUGUUUUGUUUAAUAUAAUAAUAAUAAUAAAACACACAAACACAAAUCCACACAAACAUGCACACAAACACACACACAUACUCGCUGAAACGCUUUUCAAACACCCAUUGUAACCCAGAGAGAAGAGAGCGAACAAAACUCCCAAAACACACAUUUCAAAAAUGUCUAAAAUGAAAUACAACAGCAAAUUUUGUAAACUUAUUACAAUUUUUGUUGUAAGCAUUUAAUGUGCGCAAAUUGAUCGAAGGGAAUUCCGCAAUCAAUUGCAGGAACCUCAAACCACAAAAAAAAUGUAUGAGAAAUACAAUAAAAGAAAGAAAAAAAUAAUAUAUUUAUGCUUAACAAAAACAAAAAAUCAAAUUAAAA